AUGUUUGCAGCCGGCUUCGGACAUGCUGAAGUCGUGCGGGUGCUCCUGGCUGCUGGCGCUCGGAAAGACGCGUGCGACGACGUCUCCGGCCACACGGCGUUAAUGAGAGCUUCAAUUAACGGACAUGCGAAAGUCGCAGAAUUUCUCCUGGAGGCCAGGGCUCAGGUGAACUUGUGUGACAAGGAGCUCGGGACGCCCCUGAUCUUUGCGGCAAGCUUGUGCCACGCUCCAGUCGUGCAGUUGCUCCUGGCAGCCGGCGCGAACCCAAACUUGAGCGACAGCUACAACUUGACAUCCUUGAUGCAGGCGGCAAUCAACGAUCAUGCUCCAGUCGUGCAGUUGCUUCUGGAAGCUGGAGCUGUAGUGGAUGCACUUGAUAAUUGGGGCAGAACUGCCCUGAUGGGUGCAGCAAUUUCUGGUCAUGCUCAAGUCGUGCAGCUGCUCUUGGAUGCGGGAGCUCAGAAGGACUUGCGUGACGGUGACGGCCGUACGGCUUUGAUGCUGGCAACAGACGCAGGACAGGAUGAAGUCCGGCGAUUGCUGGAGCCCAACUGA